AUGGUGAAUAGCUCCUUGGACCAAGCGACCCAAGAUAAAGAGGCUCUGAAGGCCUGGGAAUCUGCUCGGAGGGCCAAACAGAUAGACCAUUUGAAGGCCAUGUUCUUGACGCUGGACGAGGAUGGCUCAGGGGAAUUGACCAUGGAUGAGAUCAACAAUGCGCCGGAGGAAACACAACAGCAGCUCAAGGAAAUUGUGGCAACAGAUGAUCUCAGGGAGCUUUUCGACAUGUUGGACUAUGAUGGUGGUGGAACCAUUGGUGUUGAAGAGUUCUGUGAUGGAAUUCUGAAAGCGACCACCCGCAGCACUGGAAUCCUCGAGCUGGGCCGUCCGGAAUCCCAGCGGACUUGGGUGAGAUGGGGUGAGAUGGAUGGAUGA